GCCACCAACAAACACACACAGAGACACCUGUACACACACACAGACAUGUACACACACACGCACAGAGACACAUGUACACACACAGACACACACACACGUACACACACACGCACAGAGACACGCAUACACACAGAUGCAUGUACAUACACAGAAAUACACAUGCACAUAGACACACAUACAUGUACGUACACACACACAUACAUGCAGACACAUGUACACACACACACACACACACACACACACACACACACACACACACACACACACACAUGUACAUACACGCAGACACAUGUACACACAGACAAAUGUACACAGAUACAUGUACAUACACGCAGACACAUGUACAGAUACACACAUGUACAUACACACAGACACACCCCCCCAUAAAAAGUUGCAGUACUUCGCUGUUCACUCACAGAGCCGGGUACAGCACUCUAGGGGGAGGCAGAGAGCACAGCACACACUCCUUCCUUUGCUUUCACUGCGCUCAGCUAUUGGGCAGUCUGACGGCUCCCAGUGCCAAUGACAGAUCCGGCCUGAGCUCCGAGCCUGCUCAGCAAGACGGCCCUGGGGGACACACUCGCCCCCACCAUCAUUUCCACUCGCCAUUGGCGAGCAGACAAGUGGAAAUUUCAAGC